UGCACUUUUGACAGGUUACCCUAACGUGUACAAGUAGGGCAAUAAUAAAUAUUUUCUUUCUGUUUCGUUAAUUGUUCUUAAUUAAUUUUAUUAAUAAUAAAUUAAACUUGAAUUCAAAUACAUUAAGCAAUGACAGAAUUAUUAAUUGACCCGGCUAUACGCGUCUGGGUAUUUUUACCGAUUGUGCUAAUAACAUUUUUUGUUGGGGUCGUCCGUCAUUAUGUGUCCAUACUAAUCUCAACACAGAAAAAGGCAGAAAUUACCCAAAUUCAAGACAGUCAAGCAAUGAUUCGAGCACGACUACUGCGAGAAAAUGGUAAAUAUCUCACAGCCCACUCAUUUGCGAUGCGAAAAAACUUCUUUAACAACGAAGAAACGGGCUACUUCAAAACUCAGAAACGUGCUCCAGUUGCUCAAAAUUCAACCGCCAUGUUAACAGAUAUGGUAAAAGGCAAUUUUAUCAACGUUCUUCCUAUGGUUGUUAUUGGUGGCUGGAUUAAUUGGAUGUUUUCUGGUUUUGUAACUACUAAAGUGCCUUUUCCAUUGACAUUACGUUUCAAGCCUAUGCUGCAACGUGGUGUUGAAUUAGCUUCCCUGGACGCAGCAUGGGUGUCCUCAGCAUCAUGGUAUUUUCUGAACGUGUUUGGUUUGCGUUCCAUUUACACGCUUGUUUUAGGUGAAAAUAAUCAAGCAGAUCAGACGCAGGCUCAAGCUGAUGCCAUGACUGGUGCUGCUAUGACAAUGCCACAAGAUCCAAAAGCAGCCUUCAAAGCAGAGUGGGAAGCGCUUGAAAUAACUGAAUACAAUAACGCAUUAAAAAAUAUCGAUGCUGAGUUAUUACAACAAACAAUGGACGGUGAAGUAGCCUUAGAAAAUAAUGUACGUCAAUAGUGCCACACAAAUAGUUGUUCUAAUUUACUUAGUUAUAUUUAUUAUGUUUAUAAAUACUAAAUAAUGUUUGGUCGCUGGACGUAAAUAGCGAAAUUUUUAAAUAAUAGUUUAGUAAAUAAUAAAAAAAGGAUAAAUAAAUGUAAUAUAUAACUUAUAUAUACAACAUAACAAAUUGUAAACAGAGUUAAGAAAAUAUUACUCUCGCAUAGAGUCGAGAAACCGCAAAUA